AUGCAGGGAUUCGAUGAUCCAAGAUAUCUCGUCCGUGCUUACAGCUUCCAGGCCGAGGAGCGUCUGCCCCCGACAAGCGCCGCACAGAGUUUAGCUCAUAUCCUGGCCGAACAUCAAGGAAGUCGCGAAGACGCUCAAGAUCCUUGGCGGCGGUUCUUCGAGCCAUUCUAUUCCAGUGAAGAAGCAAGACAUUCCAAUCACAUAACUCAAGUCCUUGAUGUCGAGACGGAGCAAUUGCGCGUGAAGUGGAAGGAAUUCGUAGAGUCUAUUUCAGCAGCAGACCGAUUGAAUCUCAAAUUGUCCGAGCCAACUAUGAAUAGUGUCAUCGAAACUGUUCAGGAGAUACAACGAGCCUGGGAGUCGAAACAAAGUACCAGUCGGUUUGCUAGGGCGAAGAGGUUGUUCCAUAAGUUCUGUGGAACCCUCCAUGCUCAUAAGGCUCUGAUCCAAAUACUACCAUCUGGUAAUGAAUACGUCUCAAUUUUCACCGGAACUCUAAAUGCGGUGAUACAAGCGAGCGCAAAUCACGAGAGGAUCGCAGAGGGGCUUUCUGAGGCAUUGUGCGUCAUGAGUCAGCACGUCGAUGACUGUAAGAAGGAACUGCAGUUAUUCGACAUGGAAGACAUGCAGAUACUCGUCGCAGACUUGUACGCGCAUACUUUUCUCCUUCUGACGAGUGUCAUGGACUGGAUGAUGAAAAAGAGAAUUAAGCGCUUUCUUGAUUCUUUCAACGAUGAUCUGCCCAGCAUUUUUGAGAACGAACUUAGCAAGAUCAAAGGCAUUUCAGAUCGCGUCCAAAACCUAGCAUCGCAAAAGGCUCGAGCAGAACUGAGAUCCACAAGGUUAACACUAGAGAGUUCAGCGAGAGAUUUGCGGGCGGGCUUCGAGGGCGAGAGGCGGCAUCAGGCAGAAAUGAAGCACCAUGCUGAGAGUAUCUUGAGAGAGCAGAGUCGUAUAUCUGGAUUUUGGACUGAUGAGAAGCGGCAUCAGCUGGCUGACAGCAUUGUCAACAUGCUGGAAGAGAGGGCGUCCCGUUGGUUGGACAACAGCCAAGCCAGAACGAGCCAUCAGCAGAUUCCUCCUACGGUUCUUCUGUCACUUGAUGGGCCUACACAAGUGUCGGAGUAUACUUCUGAAUCUGUUGCCAUCAGCUCUCGUCAUCUGGAGGACUUCUUCUAUCGUGAUAGAGUUCGACUGCCGUGUGAAGCGUUUGAUUCAAUAAGAAUCCCGGCAGAUUCAUUCAGGGAAGUCAGUGAUUGGGCUAGAGCAUCAGCUCCAAACUUGCUGUGGCUUGAGGGCCCUCCUCUCGACGGCGACGACUUCGAAAACCCAGUCACAAUGAUGGCAGCUACGGUCAUAGCCCUUGCCGAGAAAACGAAGUUGCCGGUCAUAUCAUACUUCUGCGAGCGCCGGCGAGGCGAGAGGUUAAGGGAAGAGAACGACACCAUAGAAGCACAAGCGAUGCUAUCUUUGGUUUAUGCACUCAUCAGGCAGCUGAUCGAGCUUCUUCCUCCGUUGCUAGAUACUAGUAUUGACCUUUCGGAGAGACGGUUCAAGGCUCUUGACGGGUCUCUGGGGAAUUGGAGCCAGGCUACCUCAAUCCUCGCUGAUCUGGGCGGGCUUAUGCCUGGUCCGGUGCUUUGCAUCAUUGAUGGUCUGCAUUGGCUUACCGAUCGAGGAACUGACAACUACCUUUCGGAUCUCCUGAAGAUCCUACGCGGGGACAAAUGGAAAGUUCUUCUGUUUACCACGGCGAUCAUUCAGAAGGAUCUGGGGGCACAAGCGGGCUCAGUGAGCCCGAUACAACGGUGUGGCGGUCGCACAAGAGAGCACCAAAGUUCCGCGAUUUUGAGCAACUUCAACUUCACCUCAACAUCGCUCUCAAAGCUGAAGAUGCGUCUCUCCUGGCUUGAAGUUGGUCUUGCAGCCUUUGCGAGCCUCGUCGCCGCGUCGUCAAACCAUCAUGGGGCGAAUUGGCUCACGGUGGACACGACGAAUGGCCCCAUCACCGGACAUCUCGCGUCUAAUGCCUCAGCCGUGAUUGAGUAUCUCGGAAUCCCGUACGCGAAACCUCCCAUCGGCGACCUUCGAUUCGCUCCGCCGGUGCAAUUCAAGAGCAAUGCAUCAUACGAAGCAUCAAAGUUCGGGUUCGACUGCCCGCUGUCACCAUCCAAGAAAGUGGACUAUCCCGACAUCACUCCCCAAGCCCAGCGCAUCAUCAGCUACUUCGCUUCCGGCGCGGGCACUCCUCAAAGCGAGGACUGCCUCACCCUCAACAUCUGGACCAAGCCAGUAAACAAGCUGCAGUCUUCCAAAAAGCCUGUGAUUGUCUUUUUCUACGGUGGACGCUUUGCCAUUGGCAACACCAACAGUCCCUUCUACAACGGCAAGUAUUUUGCGGACGCCCAGGACGUGGUCGUGGUGACGGUCAACUACCGCAUCAACAUUUUCGGAUUCCCUGGAAUCCCUGGGCAGCCGCAGAACCUAGGUCUGAGAGACCAACGUGCCGCCGUCGAAUGGGUGCAUGCCAACAUUGCCAGCUUCGGUGGCGACCCGAGCAAGAUCACCAUUGCCGGUCAAUCAUCCGGCGGCGUUAGCGUAGAUUACUGGUCAUACGCGUACACCAAAGACCCCAUUGUGAACGGACUCAUCGCGCCGUCGGGGAAUGCAUUCAGUUUCCCGUUGAAUAGCCCGGGCGUACCUGAGCGGAACUGGAACACUGUUGUUGGGGCUGUCAAUUGCACCGACUCUGAGAACGCCCUAGCAUGCAUGCGUGAGGUGGACUGGGAGGACAUCAAGGCGGCUGCCGCGGCUGUCAAGCCGACUUCUAGCAGCAGUGUCCUCCGAUCAAUUCCCCCAUUCUAUCCCAUUGUCGACAAUGAGAUUGUCUUCCCAGACUACGUUUCCCUGACAAAGAACGGAAAUUUUGCCAAGUUGCCCAUUCUUUUCGGAAACAACAACAAUGAAGACGGAUACUAUCGAAUCCCAGCCUACGGAAACGGCGUUGUCCCAACACCUGAGCAAGUCACAUCCUUUCUCCUGGAGUCCUUCACCUGUCCCAACCUCUACCAAGCCAACGCACGACUCGCUCAAGGCGUGCCGGCCUGGAUCUACCGCUACUUCGGCGACUGGGACAACACCCGCCUCUUCCCCACGAGCGACGCCUACCACGGCGUCGAUCUGCACAUGAUCUUUGGCGCGUCCGGAGAUGUCAGCGGUAUCCCUCCUUCAGACGCACAAAGAGAGACUACCAAGGCCAUGCAGCGAGCCUGGGCUGCGUUCGCGAAUGACGCCCAGAAUGGGUUGAGUGAGGUGAUUGGUUGGCCCAAGUUUGACCCAGAGACAGACUCUCUGAUUCUCUUGGCUCAAGGCAACAACCCUCAACCAAGCUUUGUAGACUCGGGCUUCCAGGACUUCGACAACGACACUUCCGACUUCGACACUUUCGACUUCGACACUUUCGACUUCGACACUUUCGACUUCGACACUUUCGACUCCGACUUCGACUUUGACAACCAGCCCCCCUGCACAGCCUUUGAACUCUGGCUUCCUCUACAGCUACGGCUCGGGCUUCGCCUUCGACUCUAUCCUUCCUCUACAGGUAGACUCAGGCAACUGGUUGUCGCCCGCCACCUUCGACACUUUCGACAUCUCCAACCACCAACACCACCAACACCACCAACACCUCCGACACCUUCGACACCUUCUAGAUAG